AUUGUUUAAAUAUUUUUGUAAAACUAAACGUUGCAACGUUUGGUAUUUGAUUUUUUUCCUCACAAAAUUGCAACGUUAAGUUUUCACAUUACUAUAUUAAUUAUCAGAAAUCAGAUUUUAAUUAACAUUAGUGAUUAUCCAUUCCGUUUAAUUUCCCGGUGACCGGAAUAUUCCAUGUGAUAUCAAUUAUUCCUUCUGUUUAAUUUUCCGGCCACCGGAUAUUCUCCGUGAUAUCGCUUUGUUAAACUAUAAAAAUGUACAGAGUAUUUACCAUUGCUUUAUUGUUGCUUCAUGUGAUAAACUCCGAUGGAGCAGCAUCGCCGGCGAAAUUGGAUGCCCCUGUUUUUUCUCAGGUAUUUUCUCCGGCGAGUCCUUAUGCAUCGCCUGACAAGUCUCCAGCCACUCCAGAAAUUUCUCCGGCAAUUACAAUGUCUCCAAAAAGUAGUCCGUUUGCUUCGCCGGUUCAAUCUCCGUCGAGAACUCCGCCGACGACUUCAAUUUCGCCGGCUAGGACUCCAUCGUUCAAUGACAGUGCUCCGGAACCAUCUAAGGCUACUUCUGAAAGUCCGGUGAACACUCCUACAAUAUCCCCUGAAGCAUCGUCAAAGGUACCUGCGUCUACACCGUCUAUCUCGCCGAUGAGUUCUCCUGGGCCAAUGCCGUUAUCCAAUGUUGCUGCUCCUGUACCAUCGGCUAUGACUCCUCGGCCGAGACUUAAAACUCCGGUGAUCACUCCAGCAAUAUCUCCUAAAGCAUCGUCAAUGGUGCCGGCGUCUCCUCCGUUUGUCUCGCCGAUAAAUUCUCCUGCGCCAAUGCCGUCAUCCAACGUUGCUGCUCCGGUAACAUCGGCAAUGACUCCUCGGCCGAGAUUUAGAACUCCGGUCAUCACUCCUGCAAUAUCUCCUAAAGCAUCGUCAAUGGUGCCGGCGUCUACCCCGUUUGUCUCGCCUAUAAAUUCUCCUGCGAAAACGCCGUCAUCCACUGUGGCUGCUCCGCUUCCAUCUGUAAUUACUCCUCGUCCGAAAUUAAAAACUCCGGUGAUCACUCCUUCAACAUCACCAGUGCCUGAGUCUCCAAAAAUGAGACCAUCCGCUUCACCGGUGAAAAUAUCACCGACGAAAACAAUUUCGCCAGCGCUCACUCCAUCAUCUUCUGUGAUUGAAAAUCCAGUACCUGCUCCUGUAUUCUCCUCUCCGGCAGCUUCACCAUCAGAUAUUCCCACAAGCGCUGUGACUCCAUCAAUAUCCGCAAGUAUUCCUUCAACUUCAAUAACUCCGUCAGAGGCACCAGAGAUGUUGUCUGCUCUAAUUCCGGCACCGGUCACUUUUUCGCCGGAGAGUUCACGAAGCGUUGUGACUGAUACUUCCGCGGGAACUUCAAAAUUUAAAGCGCCAACUUUUCUAAGUGGGCUUGCUAUUUGGGCUGUUUUGUUAAUUUGAAGUUCAUUAAAGGCCCAAUUUUUAUGUAUAUGUAGAUAUAUUUUUUUUCCUUUGUAAUAUUCUUCUUUGUAAUACAUUUUUAUUUUUUUAUUUAUGUGAAAAAUGUAGAGAUUUCCAUUUAAUAUGCGUGUAGCGGAGAUAGAAGUUUCACGUAAGAAGAUUCAAAUAAUAAUAUUAUUACGUUACUAUAUUGAA